ACACGUUUUAGGCGACAUCUGCUGGUACUUUAUUCUAAAUGAGAGACUACAAUUUAGAAUAUAACAGAAUUGAAGGGUAAAGAAACGUGAAAAGGAAACAGUUAAAAAAUGGAAAAUAAUAGGUCCUCUUGAGUAAAGGAAGUGAAGGCUGGAGGUUCCCAUUACAGGAUUUCCUGAUCCAAAUAACAACGUUUCUAAAAAUAUUUUGUUGUGUUCUGCCCCAUGAAGACUGAUGUCCAGUGCUGUCCUCCCCAGUCAGGCUAAUUAGUCUGUAGACAUGCAGAGGUGCACGAAGUAUUCAGUCCCAUUACGUAAAAGUAUCAAUACAGUAUAAAAAUACCAAACAUUUCGUUAGCAUUUAAGUAGCCAUUAAAUUCGGUGUGCAGAAUGUCCAAUAAUUCCGACAUGAUAUGUAGCUCACAUCAUACAUUAGAUCUAUAUUUUACUUCAAAUUCAAAAUAGAACAGCACUGGAGUAAAUGCACCUAUAUAGUCACCUCCCACAAUUUUGAACUUAAAACAACCAAAUUGGCAUUAUUUCCUAUUUUUGAAAUAGGUGAAAUAGGUGAAAUACCCGCACCUCAUCACAUUUAAUAUUAUCCCCUCAUUCGACCCGCAACCUGUGAUUCCACUGUGACGUGAGGCACAGAAGACUCCCGGUUAUUUUGUCUGCACUGCCGCCGCCACGCGUCACAUUGAGUGAUUGGAUAAUUGGCAGCACCUGGCCGAGUGUCACUCCUCCCCCACCGCUGACCCCCCUCGAGCUGCUUUUAACACUGUGCACCAGCCGCCUUGUAAGAAAAGCAAACAUUUAUUUUAAUAUGCAUGAAGCAAAACGCGCACCUCUGCUUUUAUUUGUUGCCACGUUGCUGGCGGUGAGCUGCCGUCGCGCUGAACCUUCUGCUGGUGAAGCUGUGCCGCUGGGUGAUAAUGUCAGUGCUGGCGACUUGGAAACAUCUGGGUUCAGCAUCAACUCCACCAACAUGACCAACGUGGGCUAUGGAAUCGCUGCUAAUGUGGUUGCUUCGCUGUUGUACGGAAGCAACUUGGUUCCAAUAAAAAGAAUAGAGACCGGCGAUGGCAUGUUCUUCCAGUGGGUGUACUGUGCAUCAAUAUGGAUCGCAUCUAUGGUUGUGGACUUGAUACUCCAGUCGCCCAAAUUUUACCCUUUUGUGAUGGUUGGAGGUGCCAUCUGGGCUACAGGGAAUAUAGCAGCGGUUCCAGUUGUCAAAGCGAUAGGCCUGGGCCUCGGGAGCGUGAUUUGGGGCUCUUCAAGUUUGUUGAUCGGCUGGGCCAGUUCCAGGUUUGGCUGGUUCGGAAGUCCCGACGAUGUUCCCAGGCCAAUGUUAAAUUAUUGUGGCGCCGGCUUGUGUCUGCUCAGUGGCCUGCUGUUCUUCUUUGUGAAGGCGGACGUGGCGCUGCAUCCUAACUCUGAAUCGAUUCCUUUGCUUCUUGACAGAAGGUCCAAUUCCUGCAGCUAUGGUCAAAGUUCCUCAGAAUUCUGGAUGGACGUCAUCGGACCGAGGACCAGGCGUUUUGUAGGCUGCCUGCUGGCUGUGAUGUCGGGCCUGAUGUACGGGUCCUCCUUUGCGCCCAUUCUCUACAUUAAGAGCCAUUCCUCUCGCGGUGACAGCAUGUUCCAUGGAGCCAGUGAUUACGACCUGGACUAUAUUCAUGCACAGUGCUCUGGAAUUUUUGUUGCGAGCACGGUGUACUUUGCCAUCUACUGUGCUGCCAUGAAUAACAGGCCCAGGGUGUACUCCAGAGUCAUCCUACCAGGUAUCUUAUCUGGACUGAUGUGGGCAUUGGCCACAUACUGUUGGUUCCUGGCCAGUAAAUACCUGAGUGCGGUUAUCACCUUUCCUAUUGUCAGAGCAGGAUACGGUCUGGUUUCAGCUCUGUGGGGAACCUUGGUGUUUAAGGAGAUCAAGGGGCUGGUCAACGGUUUAAUCUUCACCUUGGCCUUCUGUGUCGUGCUGGCCGGCUCCCUGCUGACUGUCCUGUCAAAGUUCUAAUAAAGCAGAAGAGUCGUGAAAACUAGCUAGUCCUCGUGACAUUUGUCAUCCAUGCGCACGUAUUGGCUGUCCACCGUUGGAAUAAAAGUGCUUUUGGACCCGUGUGGUUUUUACUCUGCGCUUACAUUUAGUGACUGACAGGAAUCCACCUUGUGACAUCUGGUUGGUACAAAGGGGACGUUUAUUUGCGGCUGAAAUAAGUUGCUGUUCAAAAAAUGCCCACACGCACAUUUCUUACUUGAUUGAUCACAAACUAUAGUUUUUUUUUAAUUUUUCAUAAUUAGACUGCAUUACUAAUCCCUCCAAAAAGCCUAAAUUUGAAUGGAUUGGCUUCAUUUAGGAAAUCUGGCUUCACUCGUACCUUCUCCCCUCUCCGAUCAUUCUGCAGCAGUGCGCCUGAUGGCUUUUAGCCUUCACACAUGGGAGAACAAAGGCAGUAGCCCGGGUUGAAAAUGUUCUCCUCCCUGAGUGAAUAUACAGGACUA